AUGAAUAAUUACUUCACCGACGCUAGUUGUACUAGACACAUCUUUAUGUUUACGUACUCUGGCAAACCAAUUUUUUCAACAUUUAAUUCGGAUCAUCUAGUUUCUCUCACAGGUACAUUGUGCGCAAUCGGUUCUAAGUUUGAGAAUCGUUUUAGUUUGUGCCCACAGCCAGAUAAGUUAAGACACGUAAUUUGGGGUGAUUUGUCGAUGACUUACCUCGAUAGGGGGCCUAUUCAAUGCGUUUAUGUGUCUAAAUUUGAUACACCUAGUAUAUCUAGACGAAUACUUGAGCUUUUACAUCGUCAAAUGGUGUCAAUUCUAACUAGAUCUAUUGACAGGAUGCUUAAUAAGCGGCCUUCGUAUGACUUGUCACAACUCAUGGGUGGCACAAGUAACAUUCUCAUGGAAUCGAUCCAUCGUUCACACUCUACCAUUAUUGGAAUUGUUGAAGGAUUCCAACCUCUCACAAUGGAUCCAAUUUAUCGUACGACAAUAGAAGCCUUUGUCCGAGUAAUACAGGUGCCAUCAAUUAUCGCUUCUUUUAUGUUUGCCUCAGAUAAAGUUGUAUCAAUGGCACUAGGGAAAGGUGUAAUAAUGUCUGCUAAUGAUGUUACACUCAUUUCAAAUAUGGUGAUGGCUAGCAAAUCACUGAGGGAAAUGGAAUCGUGGACACCGAUUUGCCUGCCUUCAAUAGAUGAAAAUGCAUUUGUGCAUGCUUAUGUGAAUUCUCUGGUUGAUAAUAUUUGGUUAGUGUAUAUAUCUGCCAAUGGGGACACUGAAUCUUUUUACUCUUUGUCUAACCAGCAUCUGUCUAUUAAACAGAGGAUCACUGAGUCUGGAUGUAUUAAUAAAGUGAUAAACGCAUUAAAAUCUCCACCAUUAUCUUUAGAACAAUUUGGCAUCAUCCACGCUGUAAUGUGGUUAAAAAAUAUUGGCCAAUUCACCAUCGCAAGUCACAAUCUGUUAGAGGCUUUACCAUCAUUUAGAAUCAUUUGGAAUAGUAUGAUGCACAUGGACAUACCUACUUUAUUGGUGCUUAAAAUGACAAAUUCAAUUUAUUGUUUUUUUAGGGACGAUACUAGCUGUCUGUGGUUAGAGACUUCUCCAGAAAUAGACGUAACACAUGGGUUUAUUAUGGGUAUACAAAGAUACUUUACUGAUCAUAAGGAUUGGUUCUUUAUCCCAAAGUUUCCACAAAUAAUCUAG